CCACUAUUUAUCGAUUAUAAUUUGAUCAAAUUUAAUGCCGAAUAUUUUUUUUCUCCUACACAGAAAACCAUUCAGAAAUCGAAUAUUAUUCGUCAUGUCACUUGCAUCAUCGGUAUUGUUUUAAUAGUAAUACUGAAUUAUUAUUGAUCGAACGAGUAUGGACGACGAUGAUCAUCAGAACUACAUAAUCAAUCUGAGGCUGAUGAAACUCACCGGUUUCUAUCAGUUGAUCAAUCCGAACACGAGCAAAUACUACGGGUACAGUCCGUACAAGGUGGUGGCCACGAUCGAGAUCAUGUUCGGCGUGUUCUCUGUGUCGGUCUUGAUACUGAGCUCGUACUACUACCUGUACAACACCAACGAGCUGAUGAACCAUUUCAUGUUGGCCGUAGCCAUAUUCUUCUCCACGUUCAAACUGUUCUGCGUGUCCAGAAACUCGGAACUGAUCUGGGACUGUAUGGAUAUGACGUCCGUGCAGUUCCUGUCGUACACCGGGCACCGGAGGGACGCGUUGCGCACCGCCCGCGCCAAGUCCAUCACGUUGUCCAUACUGUUCCUGCUGCUCUGGGGAUCCGUGACAGUAGCCUGGUGCCUGUCGCCGUUCAUCGUCGACGGUGUAUACCUGGACGUGGAGAUCAACGGCAAAGUGCGCCAGUACCGGUACAAUUCGCUAAACUACGUGUACCCGGUCGGCGAACGGUUCUACAACGAUCAUUUCCUAGCGUUCUACGCCGUCGAGAUGCUGCAGGUGGUAAGCUGGGGCCACGCCACCAUAGCAUACGACACGUUCGUCAUAUCCAUGUGCAUCGCCAUCCAGUUCCAGUUGAAAACCAUCGCCGACUCGUACAGCACGUUGUGCUACGGCACCGUGAGCGAAGCGUACGGUAACAAGAGAAACAUUGACGGCAAUGAAUUCGAAACCGCAUUAAGUCUAAAACUGUUAAUUCAUGACCAACAAAACAUGCUCAAAAAAAUUAGAGACAUUUUUCGAUUAUUUGAACCUGUGACAUUCGUUCAGUUAGCAGCUCAAUCGAUGUUAAUAAUAUUUCAAGCUUAUAUGAUUUUCAUUAAUAAUUAUAAUGGGUUGUCUUUAGUAUCAGUGCCAGUAAUAAAACUUCUUCUUACUAUAACGCCUAAUAUAAUACAUUCGUUCAUCACUUGCUACCUAUAUGGUCUUAUAAACGAACAAAAGGAAUCCAUGAAUUUUGCACUCUAUUGUAGUGAUUGGACCAAAAUUAAUACAAAAUAUAAAAAGAUGUUAUUGCUUAUCAUGCGAAUGAAUAAUGCUGAAAAGCUAAAAUUAAAAGUAUCUAUAAAUAGAAUAGUCAACUUAGAAAUGUUCUCAAGUAUUAUGCACACAACAUAUAGUAUAAUAUCCGUAUUGGCGAAAAGUUAUGGAAAUACUAAAACAAAAUGAAAAUUACAUAGUAUAAUU